UCUUCAUUCUUAGUCAUGGCGGGAGGUGUAAUAGCAACUGAUUCCGGAAGUAACCAAGACUUUCCGGCGAAGCUCACCGGCCAAGUCCUUAUUUGCACCGUCAUAGCUGCAUUUGGCGGUUUAAUGUUUGGCUACGAUAUUGGAAUUUCAGGAGGAGUGACAGGAAUGGACGAAUUCCUGAUGAAGUUCUUCCCCAAUGUAUACAUUAAAAAGCACCACGCCCAUGAAAACAACUACUGCAAAUUUGCUGACGAAUAUCUUCAGCUCUUCACAUCGUCCCUCUACUUAGCCGCCAUCGUUGCCAGCUGUGCAGCCUCCUUUAUGUGCAAGAAAUUUGGUCGAAAACCGACCAUGCAAGCUGCUUCUGUCUUCUUCUUCAUCGGAGCUAUUCUCAACCUGACGGCCAAGAAACUCGGUAUGUUAAUCCUUGGAAGGCUUUUCCUUGGUGCCGGUGUAGGAUGUGGUAACCAGGCAGUCCCACUGUUUAUUACUGAAAUUGCACCGCCGAAAUAUAGAGGAGGACUCAAUGUUUGCUUUCAGUUGCUCAUCACUAUCGGCAUCUUGAUUGCAAACUUGGUUAACUACUUCACCUCGAAUAUAAAACCGUAUGGUUGGCGGAUAUCAUUGGGCGGCGCAGCCGUGCCAGCCAUAAUCCUGCUUAUCGGAUCUUUCAUUAUUGUGGAGACUCCGGCGAGUCUAAUCGAAAGAGGAAAGAAAGAGAGAGGUUUGAAAACUCUAAAGAGAAUCAGAGGCGUAAACAAUGUGGAGCAAGAGUUCGAGGAGAUCGUUCGUGCCACAGAAAUUUCCAAUAAAAUCAAACACCCUUUCAGGGAACUAAUGAAAAGUCGCAGCGUUCCACCACUGAUCUGUGGCACAAUCAUUCAUGUGUUCCAGCAGUUUACAGGGAUCAACGUGGUCAUGUUUUACGCACCGGUGUUGUUCCAAACCAUGGGGUUUGGUUCCAACGCAUCACUUCUAUCGGCUGUUAUAACCGGCACGGUCAACGUAUUGUCGACACUCAUCGCCGUCUUCAGUGUGGAUAAAGCUGGAAGGAGGAAACUACUCAUUCUGGGAGCUUCGAUUUGUUUGAUUGCUCAGUGUGUGAUCGGCGGUCUUUUGAAAAAGUAUUUGACGGAGACAAGCAAAGUACCUAAUGGGACGGCCAAACUAGUGGUGGGACUAAUCUGCUUAUAUGUGAAUGGAUUUGCAUGGUCAUGGGGUCCUUUAGGGUGGCUAAUAUCAAGCGAAGUCUACCCGUUGGAGACUCGAAGUGGAGGCUUUUUCCUUGCCGUCGCCACCAAUAUGUUCUGCACAUUCUUAAUCGCACAAGCAUUCCUUUCCAUGCUUUGUACCAUGCAAGCCUACAUUUACUUCUUCUUCGCCGCCUGGCUGGUGACCAUGAUAGUUUUCGUGGUGGCGAUGCUCCCGGAAACCAAGGGGAUCCCCAUUGAUGAAAUGGUUGAAAGGGUGUGGAAGAAACACUGGUUCUGGAAAAGAUUUUAUAAAUCUAGCGAUAUUGAAAGACCGAAAGCUUCGAUCCAGCUCGAGAACCAGGACAGACCAAGCCAAUAAAACCUUAGUUUGUACUAUCUAUUGAUUUUUAUU